GCUGGAAAUAAGAAAAGCAAAAUGAACAUACAUUGUUUCAGCCGUUUCCAAUGCUUGAAAGCCAAUCAAAACACAACACCUACCUUAAAAGUUUCUUUCAAGCAACUUCCUAACAUUGUUAAACCAUAUCAAGUAAACCAUCAACCACCAUUCCACAUCUAUAAAUUGGAAUUCCAUCCCCACCCAAGCCACAGCAACCAAAAACCACAAACAGAAGAAGCCUUUGUUUUCAUUGCUUUUCGGUUCACUCUGUGUUUGCCGUACAUUUGUGGAGGAAAUGGAGAAGACAGGCAAGAGAAUGGCAGUGAUGGUAGGCUGCAACUACCCCAACACCAAGAACGAGCUCCAUGGCUGCAUCAACGAUGUCCUUGCUAUGAGAGAAGUGCUGGUGCACCGCUUCGGGUUUGAAAAGACCAACAUAACCAUCCUGACUGAUCAGGACCUGUCUUCAUCAGCCAACCCCGAUCUAAUGCCCACUGGUGCAAACAUAAAGCGCGUGCUUCAUGAGAUGGUGGAGGCAGCUGAACCAGGGGAUGUUCUGUUCUUCCAUUACAGUGGACAUGGGACCAGGAUCCCUUCCUUGAAGCCUGGCCAUGUGUUCAGCCAGGACGAGGCCAUCGUCCCUUGUGAUUUCAACCUCAUUACAGAUGUGGACUUCCGGCAGCUGGUGAACAAGCUACCUAAGGGCACAAGCUUCACAAUCCUCUCUGAUUCAUGCCACAGUGGCGGCUUGAUCGACAAGGAAAAAGAACAAAUAGGACCAACAUCCACACUUCUUUCUGCAAAAUCACUGCAACAAAACUUCUCCAUCUCCCCCAAGACCAUUCCUUUCCAAGCAGUCCUCCAACACCUCACCUCCCUGACGAACAUCCACACAUCCGACAUCGGUACCCACCUCCUCGAGCUCUUUGGUUCCGACGCGAGCAUCAGGUUUGUCGAUCCCCUUCUAGUAGGAUCAUCUGAUGACGAUGGGAUUCUGUUGAGCGGGUGCCAAGCAAAUGAGACCUCUGCAGACAUCAAUCCUACAACCGCUGCGGGUGAAGGUGGUAGGAAAGCCUAUGGGGCAUUCAGCAAUGCUGUUGAGAAGGUGCUGAAGGAGAAUCCAGGUGCCUUGAGCAACAAGCAAGUUGUGGGGCUGGCUAGGGCUGUGUUGAAAGGGCAAGGGUUUGGGAAUCAGCAUCCUUGCUUGUAUUGCAGUGACAAGAAUGCUGAUGCUGCUUUCCUGUGCCAAUGAACAUAAGUGCGAAUUAAUUGAUUCUAUUGAUGCUUGGAUUACUAAUUUGUGGGGUUUCUGUUAUUGUAUGAUAUAAUACUAUACUGAUCAAUAAAAAAUAUCAUUUGCGUCAAUAAGAAAUUAUAGGA